AUGGGGUCAAGCGUCCAGAGCCUGACCCUCUCCAUUCUGCUCCUGUUAUUGCUGUCGGGAAACGCCCACGCCUUUGGUGCUGGCAAUAUCGCAUCGAUUUCGCAAGUCGAGGGUCAAAAUUGGCGCCAUGGCGAUAUUGAAGAUACAUUGUUAACCUUGUUCUUGGCUCGUGCUGCUGGUGGCCGUAAAUUUGGCAAGCUCGAUGUGCAGCGCGUAUAUUUUGGAAAUUGGCUUCGCGAUUACAGCCAGGCCGUGGAUGUGGGCACCCUGAAAUAUGUCAGCGCCGAAGCUAUUCGCAUCCUGAUAUGGGUUCUGGGGUUUCUUAGUUUUGGCUACGGAACCAAAGAAUUUGAGGUGACCACUGAGCGCCUAGGUUGCUAUGAGCCUACUGAGCAUAUCGAUAAUCCUCUCGGUUAUGCUGAGGGGGAGGACGCGCGCCGCUAUGAUCGUCGAUUGAGAGGCCCUGUUGACGAGGAGCGUGAGCUGUCGGUCGAUCCCAGGACAGGCCUGAAAAACUAUAUAGCUAGUGAGGAUCUCGGCAUCGGGACCUCUGCGGGCCUGGUCCGCAGAGUCUUUAAGCGUUCGAUUGAGCUGGGACGGCGAUAUGCAAGAUCACGUAAUGAUGAUGACCUCCAUGAAGCUCUUCGUUUGCUUGGAACUGGCCUCCAUUGCUUGGAAGACUAUGCAGCACAUUCCAAUUACACUGAACUGAGCCUUAUUGAAUUGGGAGAAUCAACGGUCUUCCCCCACGUGGGUCGCAACACCAAAGUUGAAGUUGACGGUGCACGGGGUUACGUCUAUCCCAUUGUCACUGGCACUUUUGGCGGUGUGGACUUUUUUCACUCGGUACUGGGUGAGCUGUCGGACAAGACGGUUCAAUCUGAAGUCCAGUCUCUUGAAGGGGUCAUCAAUGAGUCGCAAAGUGGAACCCCCUCCGAGAGCUUCAUUCAGGACUUGCAUAACAAGAUCCCUGAGGGACUGAUUGGAAAUAGCGACGAUCAAGCCAACAAAAUGGACGAGUUCAAAGCCAAGUCUCAAGACGCCAAGCAGCACAGUCAAGACAUCAGCCCCCGUGAGCCCGAGGAGUGGACGCGGUAUUUGGACGAUGUGCAUCAGCAGAUUUACCCUGUUCUUGAAUGGCAUGACGAGCUCAUUAAGUCAAUCAAUCGCGCGAUUGAAAAGAUCCCAGUCUUGCCGGAGCUUAUUGAACAGUUUCAGGAGCAGAUCAACAUCUUUGUCUUCUCCAUUCUUGCGCCCUAUAUACUCCCCAUCAUCCGGCAGGUCAAGGUCGAGCUUCAAACCGGCUCUUCCGAAGUCAUUGAAAGUAGCCGGGCACAGCAGCACGUUGUAUUCAAUGAUGAUGAUUCCUCAAACCCCACCCACUCGAUGCUCUCCAAAGAUCAUUUCUCGAACGUUCUGAACGAACCGGCCGGCCACAUUGCCUCUCGAGUAGUCAAAUGGACAGUGCCUCAGCUGAUGGAGUGCUGGGACGAUGAAAACAUUGAUGUAGACAGGACACUAGACCGGAUCAUCACGGGCGUCUUCCAUCAUCCGGCUUUACGUCAAUAUGGCGAGGACGGAGCAUCUGAUAUACGCCAAAUCAUGUUCAACACUGUCGAGGAGUGGUGGGGCAGAAAAGAUGAGGCGGAACAGGAGAGUCUUCGGGAACAGCUCUCUCGGGAGGGUGUUCGUGAGGGCAAGAACCACAAAGAAGGCGUGCAUGAUUCAGGACAUGGAUGCGGGAAGCCUCUAACACUCCAUAGGGGUAAAACUAGCCCCGAGGAGAGUUAUAAGCCGAGCACCGACGGGCUUGGUAAGAUUGCGGCAGAGGCUGCGGGCGGUGGAGCCCUCGGAGGCUUAGUUGGAGGUCUUGUGAGUGGGGUCGGAUCAAUUCUCCUAAGCGAUACCAGCGCCCGUCGGUCGGAUAAUGAAAGAUACGAGACUGAUUUUCAGGAGGAUGGGCGCCUUGGACAAUCUCACCCACAGUAUGGAGGCCAGGGCCGAUUCGAAUCAGAGGCUGACGGCGAGGAUCGAUAUUCCGGGGGAAGCAAGUACGGAAGGGAGGCUCGACAGGGAUGGAAUGAAGGCCGCCCAAGAGAAGAUGAUAACCCGACAUACGAAAGCACCUCGAGCUACGCCCGCGGGGGAGGCGGGUAUGAUCAUGAGCGAGGACGGGAAGGGUCCCAGGAUUAUCAAAGGCACGGUUCUCGAGAUGGUAGACAAAAGCACGAGGAUGCGCACGCGAACCCUGAGGGCCGUUCAGACUUCGAACGUUACGAGACCUCUGAGAGAUAUCCUUCCGUUGAAAAUCGGAGAGGUGUAGAGUACAGUCGCGAUCGACCAGACUAUGACAGUGGUGAAAGUCGGUGGUCCCAACAAAGACCGCAGGCGGCUUAUGAACGUGCAGAUGACGAUAGGAGAGACUAUACGAAUUCCAGGUACGAUUAUGACAGCGGCCGUUCUACAUAUGACACUGCACAGACUGGGUUCUAUGAACACAGCAGACCAGACAGGGAAUAUCAGCCGCGGUACGAGGGCCGGCAUGGAGCAUACGAAGAAGUUGAAGAAUAUCACACUCGAGUAGAGUACCGUGGAGACGAGGAAAAUGACAGCAGUGAGUAUGCCGAGCCACGGCAUGGGUACGGAAGGCGCUACGAAGCAGAGUCAAGGGAUUACGGAUAUUAG